GCCGAAGCCCGGACGUGGAAUCUCAGCGGCGUGUCCCCCGACCGCCUCGAACAUUGCCUCAUCACCGGAAUUGAUGUUGCGAAGACGGCGUACAAACACACUCCUGUCGAGACACAGAUCCAUAUUGCCCUGUGGACUGCGCUAUGCGUCUGCAUCGACGAUUUUGACGCUAGCGUAGACAAUUUCGACGCCCUCGCUGAGUUUGCCGAACGAUUCCAUGUCGGCCGCGAGCAACUUCAUCCGCUGCUUGACUUGCUCGCGAAUUACAUCCGUCGGAUGCAUGAAUUCUUCCACCCUUAUGGCGCCACUAUCAUCAUCACCGGUACGGUGCAAUUUGUCGCCUGUUCAUUGGUCGACAGGGAGACGAAGGCCAUGAGUCUACAUCCUUCAGCCUGUGGGUAUCCACUGUACAAGCGCGCUCGCAACGGGAUCGGUGAGGGAUACUCCUACUGCAUCUGGGACAAGACACACUUCCCCGACGUGUCUAGUUAUAUUCAGGCGAUACCUGAGGCGACUGCAAUUUCCCUCCUUGUCAAUGAUCUGUGCUCUUUCUACAAGGAAGAGCUUGUCGGCGAGAAGAAUAACUUCGUUCACGAUCGUGCUUGUGUCACUAGCAAGGACCUCGAGGCGACCUUGAUGGAUACACUCGAAGACGCAGUAGAUGCUGUCAAUAGAGGCAGAGAAAUCUUACAAGGCGAGAAGGAGAGGCAAGCAUGGGAGAGCCACGUGAUGGGAUAUGUGGCAUUUCACUUCAUUUCUCCUCGCUACAAGCUGAAGGAACUGUUCAGCACGUCUGGCUAGACUCGCA